AUGCAGACGCACUCUGCCAUCCACGGUUCGUCCUCGCCUACCACCGAUACGACCAACAGCGGGAAUGUCAACGGAAGAACAGGCAAUUGUGCCUCCCGCCGCGAAGGACUGACACGCUCGGCCUCUGUGGACUCGACGUCUCGCGUUUCGAAAUACGGUUGGUUUAUGACGACCCAUCGACUGUGCAAGGCGAGUAUUGAAGAGCAGGCAGUGCCGAGUUUUAUGCUGCAUUCACAUGACAAGUCGUUGGACAGUUUUGUCGCGAAUGUGACUUGGGCAGUGAUGGUGUUUUGGUUGGCGGGCGAGGUUGAGUCUUGGAAGGAUAUUUCUGAGGAGGAUGUUGAGGGAACCACGGUGUUCUUGUAG